AGCGCCCAGCAUCUCCGCACGGCUGGUACGCCGGCGACGCAACUACAACACGCACUGCUGGUACGCCGGCGACGAGCGCGAAAACAAUGGCAAGGAGGACACUCGCCCUCUGGGCCACCUUCACAUGCAUCCAGGCCUUCGCGCCCCAACUCACCAGACAAAACGCCCUUCAAAGGCAAGCAGCAGUCACGAACGAGGAGGCCUUCACGCGGCAACAAGCGUUGUAUGACUUAGUGUAUGUGGAACGCAUCAAGCCGCCGGAGACGUCGGCUGGAGGCUUAUUUUUAGUAGCCCCGGAGGACCCGCCCAUGCACCUCGCGAAAGUGGUCAGUGUCGGCGCCGGCGGCCAGGGCAACUCCGGUCUCGUGGUAGAAAACGCGGGCCUCAAGCCCGGCGACCUCGUCUACUGCAAGCACCCCUGGGGCAUCGGCCCGAAGGACGAAGAGUUCGGCGAGGACGGCCAGGAGCGGCGGUUCUCGUUCCUGCGCUACACGGACAUCGCGGGGGUCGUGCGGAAGUGAACUGCGGUGGUUCUAGCGUAAGUAGCACUGUCCUAU